ACAAACAUGCCAUUUCCCAGGUAUCUUUGAAGGCAGCAGGAUGCAUCCAGUGAGCGCGAGCCUCAGCAGUUGGUAGUAACAAUCAUGUAAAGAUGGCGGAGCUACAGAUGCUGCUGGAAGAAGAAAUUCCUGCAGGACGGAGAGCCCUGCUGGACAGUUUCACCAACCUGGAGAGAGUAGCGGAAUACUGCGAGAGCAACUAUGUUCAGUCUGCAGACAAGCAACAGGCACUGGAGGAAACGAAGAACUACACCACCCAAUCACUUGCAAGUGUGGCUUACCUCAUCAACACUCUGGCCAAUAAUGUGCUGCAGAUGCUGGACAUCCAGGCCUCACAGCUCCGCCGCAUGGAGAGCUCAGUCAACCACAUUUCACAGACAGUUGACAUUCACAAGGAAAAGGUGGCGAGGAGAGAGAUCGGUAUCCUGACCACAAACAAGAACACUUGCCGCUCUCAUAAAAUUGUGGCCCCCUCCAACCCAGAGAGGCCUGUGCGCUACAUCAGGAAGCCCAUUGACUACAACGUGCUAGACGACAUUGGACAUGGAGUUAAGUGGUUGAUGAGGUUUAAGGGGAACGGCCAGCAGAACAUGAAACUGGGAGGGAGCUUGUCCCGCACCACCCCACCCACCCAAAAACCACCCAGCCCUCCAAGGGCAGGCAAAGUGAUCUUGGGGAAGAAUUCCCCUUACAGGACUCUGGAGCCAGUACGCCCCCCCGUGGUGCCCAACGAUUAUGUCUCCAACCCAAGCAGAAAUGUUGCGGCUGCUGGGCAGAUUUCAAGUCCAGCCCGCACUGCCACCCUGAACCAGCGUCCUCGAACAUACAGUGGUAGCAGUGGAGGCAGCCACCCUAGCAGUAGCAGUCGGAGCAGCAGCAGAGAGAACAGCGGCAGUGGCAGUGUGGGCGUUCCCAUAGCCGUUCCAACACCUUCACCUCCUUCAACUUUCCCAGUCUCCCCCACUGCUGGACCAGCUAGUUCUUCCUCCACUGCUCCUAACUCUUCCCCCUCACCUUCUUCCACUCCAUCCUCCUUCUCUUCCUCCUCCUCCACCUCAACCUUAACUCAUCCCAAAGCUCCUCUGCCUCCAAACUCACCUCCCCAAAGGAGCUUACAAUCAAACACAAACACCUACCCAACAUCUAACAUGUCGCCUAACAAACCCAAGGUCCAGUCUGAGGCGUCUUCUCUCCCUCCUCCUGCCCCUUCUCCUCCACUCCUCUCCUCUUCACCACCUGCUGAAGGCCCCAUCAUUCCUCAGUUCUACAGCAUGAACCGGCCUCAGCCUAGACAGCAGACUCCCCAGGUUGGGGGGUCCCUGCCGUACCGCCGCCCCCCCUCUGUGAUCGGUCAGCCAGUUGGAACGCAGAACCAUGUCAACGGAGGUCCAUACUACAACCAAAGCCCAGCCUCUCCCCCCCCAGCAUCCGUCCUCCAGUUCACCCCCCAGCUUCCUCUGAUGGGUUUUGUUGCUCGAGUGCAGGAGUCCAUUUCAGACACCCCUCUGCCCCUACACCCACCUACUGAGAGCCAGUCAGGACUGGAGGAGCCUCUCCCCACUCCUCAGCCGCUGGAAGAUAGACAUGGGGAAGAGGACGCUGCUGUGGUGGAGUAUAAUGAUCCAUAUGCUGAAGAAGACCCACCAUGGGCCCCUCGGAGCUACGUGGAGAAAGUGGUGGCGAUCUACGACUACACAGCCGACAAGGAGGAUGAGCUGUCGUUUCAGGAAGGAGCAAUCAUUUAUGUGGUCAAGAAGAACGAGGACGGAUGGUUUGAAGGAGUGAUGAACGCCACCACUGGCCUCUUCCCAGGAAACUACGUGGAGUCUAUCAUGCACUACGCAGAUUAACCCUUGUGCUAUCUUAGAUGACCCCACCCUUGCAUUGACGUGUUCUCCCUACCAUGACUAAGAUGGAUAAAGGUGGAAAGAUUUCAUGUCAUCCAUGGACAAUAGUGAGGUUCACAAAUCAUUGAAGAAAAAAGGUUCAGCGCACUGUCUAGUGGGUCUAGAUGACCCAACUCCCAACGUUAAAGUGUCUAGGAUAGCACAAGGGUUACAGUCAGCUCUUUGUGUGGUGGUGGAGGCCUGACUACAGACUGAAUUGUUAGGAGAAUAUGACACACAGUCCCUCGCCAGUAUUUUAGUCCCUUAGAUUUGCACCAAGUCAACCAGGAACAAGUGAAUCCACAUUUUUACCAGGAUCAUGAGGAGUUCUGCUCUCACCGUUCACUUUACUUUGUUAGAAGAUUUCAUAAAGUAAAAUAAUGUCUAAAAGAUCCAGAUGGGUUCAAACUUGGGACAAACCCAAAAUCUGCUUUAGCAAAGGCACUUCCUAUCCUGAUAUUUACUCCCCAAAAAAGUAAAAUUACUGUCACCAUUCACUAUGUAAGUUAUUUCAAAAUAAUGCUGCUCAUAUUAGUUGGACUUUUAACCUAAAAAUUAAAAACCUAUCAGCAAUAACUGGCAUAGGACCAUUAACUCUUUCAGGUAUAAAGUUCUUUUGUGAAAAACUGUUGCAACUUUCAGAAAAAUUUCUACUUUUUGUAUCCUAGCAUAAAAAUUUAGAUUUUCUUUCUCAAAACAUAACCUUAGGUAUACCACUUUAUACUUUUUUUGUCUUUAUCCUAAUGGAAAUGUUAAAAGGAAAUGAUGCCAUGAAAAAAAACCCUCUUCCCUGCUUUACCUUUGCCUUAACAACAGCUUUCAACCUUUGCUUUCAUGUAUAGCCUUAUUUUCAUUUUGCAGUGAGUGGAAACAUUGGCAGACAGUUUAUACGUAGACAAAAUGUCAUCCUUUAGACCAGUGGUCUUAAACCUUUUUCAGGCCACAGACCGGUUUAAUGUCAGACAAUAUUUUCAUGGAUGUUUGGAUAUUUUCUGAAUGGGGCAGAGUUUGCGUUUAAUAUUUUUAAGCUUCUAAUUUCUAAAAAAAUUAUAUUUCAAAUUAAAAUGCUACUACAAGAAAUUUAGCUCAAAACAAUCUGAAAACAUUAGUAGAUUUUUUACAUAAGGCAAAGAUUCAGUAAAACAAAGUUGUUGCAUCUUUAUUAUCUAUGUGUGUAAAAAAUUCAAAAGUCAGUCCCCGCAUAUUAAGCAGAGCAGUUUCUGGUAUGUGAGAAGAACUGUCUCAAUAAAAAGCAGGAGUUUUCUGCCGAAUACGGAUUGUAUUCAGAGGAAAACUCUUGGUUUUGUCUGUAAACAGCAGCUUUAUUUUUAUUUAUUAUUUUUUUUUACUUGUAAGUAGGGAAGAAGAGAG